AGUAUGACCCUGGCAGCAUAUCGAGACAAACUGAAGGAGCUCCCUCUAGUGUCACUGUUCUGCUCUUGCAUCAAGGCAGACAUUACAGAGAAGCCGACCUACAAAGCUGAAGAUGCAGUGGACCUGAACUGGUGUGAGAUCAAGGAUGUAGAAGUGAUCGAGCUGAACAAGCGUGCAUCAGGCCAGGCAUUUGAAGUGAUCCUGAAGCCCCCUUCGUUUGACGGUGUGCCCGAGCUGAAUGCCUCCAUGCCACACCGCAAGGACCCCUCACUGGAGGAGAUCCAGAAGAAGCUGGAAGCUGCUGAGGAGAGACGGAAGUUCCAGGAGGCAGAGCUGCUGAAGCACCUGGCUGAGAAGCGAGAGCACGAGAGGGAGGUCAUCCAGAAGGCCUUCGAGGAGAACAACAACUUCAUCAAGAACGCAAAGGAGAAGCUGGAACAGAAGAUGGAGACCAACAAAGAGAACCGUGAGGCCCUGCUGGCUGCCAUGCUGGAGAGACUUCAGGAAAAGGACAAGCAUGCAGAAGAGGUGAGGAAGAAUAAAGAGCUGAAGGAGGAAGCAUGCCGAUAA